GUGGCGAUCAUUUCUAUUGGACUGUGUGGCGCAGUCAACAACGAGCUAACAAAAGAAAAAGUGCAAAAACAAAGUUAAAGGGCCGAAUUGAAGAUAAAAAGAGGACCCUCCGUCCUUUUCUUCGUGUUCCUGUUUAUGUGGCUGCCAACGUUGCUUGUCCGCAUUUUAUACAAAACUGAAACAUCAUCAUGCAUUCUUCUGACGACGACGUCGUGAUCAUCGACUCGGCCUCGGCGAGCGACGUAGGUUCACUCCAGGAGCCAGCCCAGCUAAACUCUAGCCGCAGCUCGGAUCAGUUCAGCGCUGAUGGCGACGCUGAGGAAGCUGAUGCGGAGCAGCACGUGCGCGGCGCAGCCGCGGCAUCCAGAGGCCGGCAACAACGCGGCACCACGUAUGACGCGACCUGUCAGCGUCUCCAAGAGCAACUGCGAUCCUUUCCUAAGCUUCGGAUGGAGGUUGACACACAAACGGACGGCAGCGCUUCCGAUGAAGUCGCAGAGACGCUGCACCGGCACCUGAUCGAUCUGGACAGCGCACUCGGCAUCCGCGUCGCUGUGCCAACGGCUGCGUUGACGAACAGCCGCGGCGCCAUUUCCCAAUUUGUCGCUGCGUGGCGAGAGGGCUCGCGUGUGCCGAAGCGCCCGCGUCACGACAUGCCUGCUGCUCCCCCCUCCCAAAGCGAGGGGAAGGAGAGCGGCACCGCGGCGGCGAAGUGCGCUAAGGAGGAAGGCGCACGCAGCAGCAGCAGCACCGUCUUCGAUCCGUCGUCUCCGCCUGCCUGGGCGGAUGAGCUCGGCACUGCACUCGAGCAGUGCCGGCGGCUUCUUCAGUCGACGCCGAUGGCGGCGACGGGGCGAGGUGAGGGCGGCGGCGGCGACACCUGUCGUGCUCGUUUGGCGUCUUUCCCCUUGGAGCCGUCGGCAGCGGCUCCGUCUUCGCUGUCACCCAACGAAACAUUCUCGUCCUUUCCACAGAAGGAACACGUCGCUCAGCGUGGCAGCGACGGCGGUGGCAACGCUGCGUCUCAUGGCGACGGCAGUUCGUCCCUGCUCCGGGAAGCGGAGAUCAUCUGCGCUCGCGAGCACAAAAGCAGCCUUCUGCCGCUUUAUGCGGAACUGCACACUCUGCGCAGGCAAAACACGCACGAGCAGCAAGAGCAGUCACAGAGUGUUGCUCGUGAGCUGCAGUGGGAGCAGCGGCUGCUGACGGACGUGCUGACGGAGUGCGACGCACAGCUGGACUUCAUGAACACGAACUUUAUAGAAUGCUGUCGAGGAAACCUAGCACCGCUGGAGGCGUUGCAGCGACGCAUGGAAGCUUUGCAAACCUUCGAGCGCCAGCUGCACGCUGCGGAAGCGGCGUCGGCUUCUCUUUCGUCGGUGCAGGCUGCAAGUCAAAGGGUCCCGAACACGCAGGUGCAGAGUACAGAUGCUGUCACUGCGCAGUGGACGCCGCGGCCACUCGGGAAAGCGGCGGAGGUGUUCAUGAAGCACCUCGAGGAGGAGCGGUUGCGACUGCAGGCUGACCUCGAUGCAGCGCGUACGCGGCUGAGAGAGCAGGGCAAACAGAUCAGCGACCUUCAGGCGUGCUACGCGCACGCCACUUCUCAGGUGCAACGCGCCUUAGACGCCGAGCACUACGUGGAUAAGGGUGCGAUCGACGCCCUGAAGCAGCAGCAGCGGGAGACGCUCGCUGCGCUGGCCCGGCAGUUCGGUUGGGUCCUGUUGAACUCCACACCAGACGUGCUCAGUCUGCGACAUCCCCGCAGCGGUGAGGUGCUGCAUGCCAACCACACUUACGCCUCCAUCAACGGUAAACCGUGCGGUGAUGUGGCGAAGGCGCUAGCCGAGUACGUUGUUCGACACGCCGCCACGGAGGACACCGCUGAUGUUGUGGAUCAUGUGGCCACCUUGCACACGCACGACGACCAGGAGGCGGUGGAAGCGGUCAACAGGGCCGCCCUUUUGCCGACGGCACCAAAAACCCCGUUAGAGGAGGAGGGCGAUGCGCUCCCUCCCGCGCCAACCUCCGAUGACGAGGAGGCGCUGGAGGGCGGAGACGACGAUAAUGUUGCCGCAGAACAGGAUGGCAGGGAGGGCGAGGAGAGCAGUGGAGAAGGUGCGCAGUCGAUGGAGCCUUCUCCCUCCGCUUUGAACGAUGGUGUCGAAGCAGAGGCGGCGCAUGCGUUGCGUGCAGAGCACGACCGCGUGUCUGCUGUGACGGACUCCGCAUCGAAUGCGGUGAGCGAGGAGGACAGCGAAGGAGUGGGCGAAGCAAGUGAAGAGAGUUCGGAGGAGGGGCAUGCGAGCUGCUCUCACGGCGGUGCGGAAGAGGUGGGAGAGGUUGGUAGCGUGUCGGCUGAUGCAUCGCAGGUUAACACCGAAGAAGGCGCUGAGGAGCAAGAGGAGGAGUUUGUGAACUACAGCAAUCUGCAGAGCGACGAGGCGGCAAGCUCCCAUCGAGACGACAGCGGCGCGGUGAACAUUUCCGCUGAAUCUGCGAUGACGAAGGCCGAACUGCCACAGAAUCCUUCGAACGACAAAACCAAUGCAAACGUCUACACCGGCUUCUUCACGGAAAAUGCCUUAUGGGAAGAGGACAGCUAA